UUGUGUGUCGCUUCGUGUAAACAACAAGAAAUCAAAAAAUGUCAGGACGUGGUAAAGGAGGUAAAGCUAAAGCCAAGGCAAAGACACGAUCUUUCAGAGCCGGCCUUCAGUUUCCCGUUGGUCGCGUUCAUCGAUUUUUACGCAAAGGCCACUACGCUAACCGAAUCGGAUCAGGCGCUCCAGUUUACUUGGCUGCUGUUUUGGAGUACCUAUCCGCUGAAAUCUUGGAGUUGGCUGGUAACGCUGCUCGAGACAACAAGAAAGCCAGAAUUGUUCCUCGUCACUUACAGCUCGCUGUUCGCAACGACGAGGAGCUGAACAAACUGUUGUCGGGUGUAACCAUUGCAAGCGGUGGUGUGCUGCCAAACAUUCAAGCCGUUUUGCUGCCCAAGAAGAACGAAAAACUUCCAAAACCAGCAGCUGCCAAGUAAACAGCGGUGCUGCGCGAGCACGCUCUUAAACAAAAGGCUAUUUUCAUAGCCACACAUUUGUCAAAAACAUUUUUGCGUGAACGAAAAACUCUAACAGACUGUCACGGUGUUUGCCAGAUCAGGCAAUUCGCAUGUCUGCAAAAAAAAAGCAGGGGAUUAUUGGGUUAAAUUUUAGAAAAAUCAGGGAAAAUGGCUCUUCAUCAAACUUAACUUAACUUAAACAAAUUGUAUACGCGUAAUAUAGGAGUUUAUUUGGCAGAUAGUUUUAUGAACUUCUCUUGAUACAUUAAAUGUGGGUUGUGUUAUUGUUUAUAUUUUUGCAGUUGAAGAGCAUUUUUCCAAACGAAUCUAGGUGGUUUUUUGUGAAGUUGAGUUUGGGUAACUUUAAAUUAAAUCAAGGAAAUCUACCUUAAAAUAUUGUCAGACACCCUGAGAGUCUAUUGGUCAGACACCCUGAGAGUCUAUUGGAGUUGGAGCUAGUCGUAAGUUUUUUCUUUCAAGCACUUUGUGAUUUUUAAACGUAGUUCGGUUUAGUGAUAGAUUCAAAAGAGAGGUCUUAUGAGGCUAAUCAAUGAAAUACUAAUACAGAGAAGUUUGAUAAGUUUGUAAAAUUUUUAUUUUGAAAA